UGCUUGUGUCGACCGUGUACGAAGAAAACGAGUUACAUGUGUGCCGCGUCAAGGCGAGUCUGUAGGACCUCGCAUAGUUGGUUCUCCUGGCUGCGAUCCUGCUGAGCAUGAGAUUCAGUCGCUACCCUGAUGAUGAAGCAGGCAAAUACACUUCUGUGAGUGAUAAAAGACGUUGAACAAAAACGAUCGUGUUCUAGCUAUCAAGAGACGUUCGUUGUCGAAAGCUGUUCAGCCCCUUCUCCGCUCAGUUGACUGUAGCCGAACCCUUGCGAGUCAUGUAGUGGAAGUCUCGGGAGCGUGCUUGACCGAUCUAUCGAUUGAUACCAGUUUAUAGGGACAAAGAACGACUAUGCGUUGUCCUGUUUACGCGACCUGCUUAUCUAGUGAUCAGGAAUCGUGUCUCGUCAAAAGCUCUCUGACAGUUUUCGCAUAUUAAACAAAGGAGCAGGGAGGUAGUUGGUGCGUCGCCAAAUUCUUGCGACGGGCUUGAGAAAAGAUUACACGCAGUUUUCAGGUGACAAAACAACACCCCUCGAUACGCCGAGGACAGCCGGUCAGUCCCUCGUUUCCAUUGUGUUUGUUGCUUAGAAGCAAAAACGGCUUCAGCUUUCAACAACGCGGCGGUGGGCAGUUGGCGUCUCUUUUUGUGACGCCAGAAACUCGUUGGUGGUGAAUAGCUUGUCGGGGACCUAUGGGUCGCGUCGAACCAGCGGCGGGUCUGAGACGCUAAACAAAUAGAGACAGUUGAAAUGUUGGCUUUUGAAUUUCUGGGCCAUCUUUAUGCAAGUAUGCUUUUUCCAGUUUUCCCAAGAGGCGCAUUUUGCAGCUGGCUGUGUUGUAUCUGCUUGUGUUAAAAAUAAUGCAGUUCAGAAACUGAUGUUUGUGCGGUCCCGCUCGUAGAACGCUCUUCGGGAACUUUUGCAGUUGACGUCUUCUCCCGUCCAUUUAUUUACCGUAUGGUCAGUGGCGAAAUGUCCACACAGUUUUUUCAGAUUCAUUUGGAAGUUUGUGGGCGUUCAUUUGUUACCUUUACAGAAAAGGUAACAACCCUGACCUCCUGUUAGCGACACCGUUCCGGGCAGUCACGCACCCACCACUGUUCGCUAGAUUUGCAUUUGGUUUCUACCCCCCAUUCCGCAUUUGCAGUGUCAGCAGUUUGGCCUCCUUUCACAAUCGCUCACCUCCUAUCUCGGGGCCGUGCGACGUUCUCCGGAGCUUUGUUGUCCCUUCCUUAGAGGAACGACAGCCACCUGAUGUUUGUCGUUGAUUUGAGCCUGUCAGGCAACAUGAGGUCACUCACACAUGGCAAGAGCAUCCAUCGCUCUAGCAUCGUUGUUGUGACGCACUGUAGUCACAGACUCUCCCUAUCCCCUUUAAAUCGUCCCGCGUUAUUUCCAUCACAUUCUGACAGGUACACUGUUCCCUGGCGUUGUCGGCCUUCGUCUUGGCGUUUAUGGAUCACGUUCGUUUGUCUGUCAACAUUGCACAUGUUCGGUCUCUCCAGCGCUGUCAAAAGGGAUGGGGAAGUUCCUACUGCAAAUCUGAGAGCCUCUCUCAGUCCCGAUAGCAGCAAAGAGAACGCGAUGCUGCUUAGUGCUAUAGGAGGCAUAGGGCCUACUGAAUCAAGACUUCAGCAUAUACCGUUCAGCACGACACGUUAUCUUCCUAUCCGUAGCCAUGUUUUGCAGUCUACUGUUGAGAGAAUUGAAUCCCCCGAGGCUCUCAAUGAGGUUCCGACAAAGGUAGAAAGAAAUGAGUUCACUGAAAAAGGAGACAAGACAGAGCAGGUCCUCACCGCCCAAGCCGACCAUAAAUCUCUGCUGGAGGGCAGAUCGGAAUCAACUUCGACUGCGCCAGAUGACGAUUUCGAUUUUUUAUUUGAAGAUGACACACCUAAGAAACCCAAGAGCAGAGUGAAUAAAGGGACGUCCUCCGAUGAAACGAGUCCAGGAGACAGAAGUUCUGGGGAAGGUAGUUCCGACUCAGACAGUCUACUGUCUGUUGUGCACAGAACAAAGGGCAACGCAACGCAGGCGAACAAGAAUCAAACGCGUAUUACUCAUCCGAAGAGCAAAGCACAGCAUCAGAAGAAGGUCACAAAGAAACAAGGUAUACCAGGAUCAGACAGUUUGGGAACCUCUUCAGCCGAUUUUGAUUUUGACAUCGACAGUUCCUCAAACACGCAGGCUGACGACUCACAGCGGCAGUCGUUAGGGGAUUCAUCCGCUUUGGAUCUUUUCGGCAGUGACACGGGAGACACGGGAGAUAUCUUUGGCUUCUCGAAUUCUUCUAGUGAUGGUGGAAACGCUGCUGCCAACGAUGGAGGCCUAUUCUCGUCCUCGGGCAUGGGACCUACCGGCGCCUCAGAUGAGACCUCGGCAAACCCUCUAGGCUCGAUACUGGGUGGCGUGUUAAACCCAUUUGCGCAACAGCAGUCGAUUACUCCCAUGACGGAUAAGGCUGACGAAUGGUCAAAGGAAAAUAUGAAGGCUUUCGAAGAGAAAAUGCCAAAGAAAAUGCGAGACGAUGGCAGUCCAGAUAGUUGGUACAAGCAAGCCGUUCCACAAGAGAGUGUGGCAGAUCUCAACAGGAUGCGAGAAAACCGUCGCAUCGCCGAAGAAAACCGGGCGGCGGCGCCGCUCUCAGCUGUAUACACUAAGGCAACGAAGACGGUUCCUGCUAUUAACUACCUCGGCGCGGGUUAUGACCACGUCAGAGGCAAUCCGGUCGGCGACCCGAGUUCUAUGGGAGACCCCGGGAUCCGGCCCCCGGUGCUUCGUUUUACUUACGCCCAAAACGAAGAUGGUGUCUCGAAUGACUUGACUGUUUUGCAGCCUCUUGGGGGUUAUGUUAGGCAAUACGUUGCGUGCAGGCAAAGCGAGACCAUCAGCGAACUGUCAAACCUCAGUGACUACCAAAAUGAGCUUUCUGUGGAUGCAUCACUUCAAGGGGGAGACCCGAUAGGCUUAAACAGUUUUUCUGCCUCAACUGGAUACAGGGAUUUUGCCAAAGAAGUCUCAAAGAAGGACACCAGGACGUAUAUGCUGAAAAACUACUGCAUGCGAUACGAAGCUGGUGUCGCACAAAGCAACCACUUCAAGUGGAACGUAACAAUAGCGUUCGCGGCGGGCGUCAGCCAGUUACCAGAUGUCUUUGAUGCGCAUAACCCGGAAUGUGCCUGCUCAGCAGAGCAGUGGCGUCAGGAUCAAAAUGCGGAGGCAUGUACAAAAACGAACGUUCCCAUCUGGAUAAGUUUCAUCGAACAGUUCGGCACUCACUUCCUCGUUCGCUUGUUUGCCGGUGGAAAAAUGACGUAUCAAGUGACAGCGAAGCGGUCGGAAGUGGAGAAAAUGAGGAACAUGGGAAUCGACGUGAAGACGCAGUUAAAGAUGCAACUGGGUGGCGUCAGCGGAGGGGCGGGUCAGGGAACCUCAAGCAAGAAAAAUCAAAGUUCGUCAGAGUAUCAGAUGAAUGUGCAGAAAGAGACACUUGUGAUUGGCGGGCGCCCGCCUGGGAAUGUGUCUGAUCCCGCUGCCUUGGCGGCUUGGGCUGAUACCGUUGAAGAACUUCCAAUGCCCGUCAAGUUCGAAGUUCAGCCACUGUACCACCUGCUCCCUGUUGAGAAGCAGGAAGCAUUCAAGCAAGCUGUCACAUUCUAUUCGAAGUCUGUGGGGUUGACACCGCAGGAUCUCAGUGCUCUCACGGGUGUAACCCGCAAUCUCCCAAAACAGCUAACCCAAGCGACCCAGGUGGCAUGGUCGGGGCCACCUCCAGGAUUUGCCAAGUGCCCAGAGGGCCAAGUUGUCAUACUUGGCUUUGCCAUGCACCUAAACUUUAAGGAACCUGGAACCGACAACUUUCGCAUCAUUUCGUGCCCUCCCGGAAGAGAGAAAUGUGAUGGAGUUGGUACUGCUAGUAGCGAGACUGACGAGGGCCGUAUUUACAUUCUCUGCGGAGAGGAGCCGAUUAACGAAAUCCAACAAGUUGUGGCCGAGUCGCCUGCUCACGCCGGCGCGUCUGUCCUCGAAGCCUCUUGUCCUGAUGAGACCGUCGUCGUGGGUGGCUUUGGAAUAUCUGUUCGAGGUGGCAGUGAUGGGCUGGACAGCUUCUCUAUAGAGUCUUGCACAACAGGUCAAACCAUUUGCACGAAGGCGCCAACACGUGGGUCGGAGAAGAAUUUUCUGUGGAUGAUGUGCGUCGAUAAACAGUAUCCUGGACUUCGAGAAUUGGUUAACGUGGCGGAGCUUGGUUCACAUGGGAACGCGAACAAACGCGCUGUGAAUUCAGAUGGAAAUGUGGACGUGAAGUGCCCGGCAAAUUCUUCCAUUGUCCUUGGUUAUGUUAUGGAAGCGCACACGAACCUGCAGUUUGUACGCGACAAAUUCCUACAAUGUCCCGAAAACGCCAGUGAGUGCAAGAUGACCGGAAAAGGUGUGGACCAUGGAAUGCUGUGGCUGUUUGAUCGGCACGCCCUCUUUGGCUGGAUUAUCUGCAAAACGGUGAACGAGCCGGCUAUGCAUGUAGCAACGGACGUGGGCAAGGCGAAGGGGAACGGCAAAAAGAGAAAGGGAAAGAAGGGUAAGAAUAAGACUAAUGCGCCUAACGAAGUCGAGGAAGGGCAGCAGCUGGGCGCGGAUUCACCGAGCCAAGUCUCUGUACCAGCCGAUGCUGAUUCAGGGCCGACGUCCAAGACUAUGUCGAGUCUCAAGCUUGCGCCCGUCAAGCUGUUAGACCUGUAAUGGGUCCUAAUCACAUCUCAAUUGCGUUGCUUCGUUUUUUAUCCCACUCUGACCGGCACGGCGUAGGGAUGCCACCGGCUACAGGUACCCCAAGCCGGCUGAGUGGGGGGCUUGUCUGGUGUCAGUGGGCGGAAGUGAAUACACGGGAGACAAUGGCAGUGAUCGGGGAUCAGGGCGACAUUAGCGCAUUUGAAACACAGCAUCGCGAGCAAGUCUCUGGAUAGCGCGUAGGGGCCGUCGUGCGAACGACUUGGUUGAACUGUUUUUUAGCGAACCGCGUGUCAAAAUUUGACAAUGCUGCAGUGCCGUCUCGCGCUCCUUGAGAAAGACGAAACGGCACUCGUCCGUGAGUUUGCCUUGGGAACGUCGACCGAAAGACAGGUCCGAGUCGCAGGAGCGGAGGAGGAACUAAAAGAGUGCGCAACAUUCGGUCGAGUAUUCACUGCCGAUUGGUUGUGAGUUAUUUGUGGGUUCACCAGUGUGGUGAUACGAACCUUCUGUCAAAAUGCAGAUCUGCUAAGUGUUGUAGAACCUUCAGACGAUAAGCACCUCGGUCUGCUGAUGACCGCGGAUACACGGAAAAUGUGCAGGAUGCGAAUGCAUAUCGUCACCGCAUACACUGAUAUGUAUAUGCGAUUUGUUGCCACUUGCUUACGCACACUUUCUGUCUGUGCCGCGUUCAUGAUGUGUACAACAGAAGAUUCACAUGCGGCGUGCGUCUUGCUUUUGAGUUGGAGUCGGAAGCUUACAGGCUUGCAUUCAGCUUGUGGUCAUGUUGUGUACUUCAGAAAGUGGCUUACACGUGACAGGGGUGACGGCCUGCAGACGUGUUGUUUGUCGUUCCACAGCGUUUGAGAUUGUGCGGGGAUCCGGGGAACUCCAAUCACUUUUGAGCGUCGUACUUUGGGGCAGGCAUUAUCCGGUAGGCAUACGACCUUUUUUAUCAUCAAAAAGCCAGUGGUUUUGUGACAUGGCAGUGAUUUCAUUCUCCUCUGAUGUGUAGGACGCGAGAUGUUUUUCUCGGUGUUGCUGUGCGUCCGUCCUGUGUUAGCGAAUGCAAGCCGUUGCAGGUGGAGCGUUGUCGAAAAGAAUAAAAAGAUUCACCACCCCGACGGUGCGGGAGCUUCGUGUUUCCAGUGGUGUUGGAGGUUCUUAGUGUCAUCAUUCAUCUCGUGAACCUGGCGGAGCAGGGACGUUUUGGGAAAUGGUAUUGCUUGUCGUCCCCGUUUUUUCCAAUCUGGCAUUAGACGACGAGACAACAGUCAGAUUUGGCUGGUUUUCUAUUACGCCACAGGGAUUCCUGAAACGACGGGGAAGCACGUGUGCAAGCUUUUUUUACCAGAUCUGUCUCGAGAUGUGCGCCAGUCCUGAUUUUGUGAGUUAGAUUUCGCUCCCAGAGUUAUUGCACGAGGGAUGUUUUUGAACUGCGGUAAUUUUUACCACCGCAAGGUUUUGUCUUGCUGCUGAAGAAACUGAUGUUUUGAGAAAGCCAUUCACAAACGGGGCACACUCAAGGGGUACUACUUAAGGUGGUCCUAGGUUGUUUUGAGAUGAUCGCUAAAUUCGGCAUUACCAGAGGAAGCACUCGCAUCAGAAUCUUUCCUGUAAAGAAGAGCCUCAUAGAACCGUUUGCCGGUAUACUGAUCUUAAGAGAGGAACAUACUCAUUUUGAUUAUGGGAAGCACGAAAUUGUCACACUGUAGUCGGUGCUGUUGGAGAUUCUCGUACAGAGUUUUGAGAUUGUCCG